AGGCUUCUAGGUCUGCUUCGGUCAAAUGUCUCGAGCGAUCCGGGUCAGUGGGCCCCGUUUCUCUCUAUCCGGCCACAUAUAAGCGUAAAGCGUCUCUCUCUCACUAACUCUCUCUCUCUCUCUCUCUUAACAACACUCUCCACACAUCUAUCACUCGGUACCGCGAUCGAUCGAGAAGCGUCAGGCCGGUAUGGGGAGGUCGCCGUGCUGCGAGAAGGCGCACACGAACAAGGGCGCAUGGACCAAGGAGGAGGACCAGCGGCUCGUCGCCUACAUCAGGGCUCACGGCGAGGGCAGCUGGAGGUCGCUUCCCAUGGCGGCGGGGCUGCAGCGCUGCGGGAAGAGCUGCCGGCUGCGGUGGAUCAACUACCUGCGCCCCGACCUCAAGCGCGGCAACUUCACGGAGGAGGAAGACGACCUCAUCAUCAACCUCCACGGGCUCCUCGGAAACAAGUGGUCUGUGAUCGCCGGGCGGCUGCCGGGUCGGACAGACAACGAGAUCAAGAACUACUGGAACACGCACAUCAAGCGAAAGCUCCUUGCCCGCGGCAUCGACGCGAAAACGCACCGUCCGCUCAGUGUCACCGCCGCUGCCUCGCCAAGCAGCCGUCCCGGCCAGGACCAACUGGCGGCGCGCUCCAGCUGCUCACCGGAGACCAGUGGCGCCUGCCACAGCAGCGACGACGAUGAUUGCGGCGGCAUCGACCUCAACCUGUCCAUAAGCCCGCCCAGAGAACCGCCGUCGCCGUCGUCAUCACUGCCGACGACGCAAGAAGCAGCAGGCAGCAAGACCGUAGUGGAUGUGGAUGUGGAUGCAUCCAGUGAAAAAAAAACUAAGCCCUGAAGGAGGUACGACGAGCACGAGCUAUUCAAAGAGGAAGAGGAUAUGCAUGGUGUGAUUGAAAUUUGAAUCGCCGGCCGCCUUAGCUUCACUUGUUCUCCAUCCAUGCAGGACGGGAGAUAGAUCAAGAAGGUUGACCACGACUCGUUUAGGGCUGAUGAUGAUGAAAAUCCUUGCUUGGGGGCAGACUCCAUGGUUUGAUGAUCGUGAAGUUGAUCUGUUCACUGUUCCUUUGACUUUAUUUGCUGGUUCAUCUUUGUGCUACUCCUGACUAAAAUGUAUGAAACUUUGAUCUUUCUUAUAUACCUUUAUUUUGAUGCAAACUGAUA